GUUGGUUCUCAACUUCCAAGCUCCAACAGCCACAACUAGUGAGAAUGGCUUCGGCUCUGCUCUCUCUGCCCUUCAACCUCCCAGCCUCUUCUUCUCCUCUCUCCGCCGUACCGAAUUCUCCUAAACCCAAAUCCCACAUCCCCCUUUUUACAAGCAGAAGGAGAAGAGCAAGAGUCACAGCCAGUGCUGCAGACCAAGAAAAAACCAAGGACACAGAGAAAGACUCAGACUCAGACUCACCGGCUUUCAACCCCUUUGGCUUUGUCACCGAUAACCCAUCAAGCCGUAGUGCCAUUCAGAUCAGUGAGAGCCCUGCAGAGUCUGGCAAUGUUGGCCAAAUGCUUUAUAGGAUAGAAGACAAGGGGAAGGAAUAUGGUAAAUACUUCAGAGCAGGGGAGUAUGUAUGGUUUGUGAGAGAAACUGGAUCAGCUGAGAGCGAACGUGGAACAGUUGUCUUUCUUCACGGUGCUCCCACGCAGUCUUACAGCUACAGAAGUGUCAUGUCACAGCUGUCAGAAGACUUCGGCUUCCACUGCUUAGCACCAGAUUGGCUAGGAUUUGGUUUCAGUGACAAACCACAGGCUGGAUAUGAUGACUUUGAUUACAAAGAAGAGGAGUUCCACAAGGAAUUUGACAAAUUACUAGAUAAGCUCCGCGUCAAAUCUCCUUUCUAUCUAGUCGUUCAGGGAUUUCUUGUAGGUUCAUAUGGAUUGACAUGGGCAUUAAAGAACCCGAGCAGAAUAUCAAAGCUUGCAAUUCUAAAUACUCCACUGACAGUUUCAUCUCCCGUUCCUGGGCUGUUUAAGCAAUUAAGAUUCCCUUUUUUAGGUGAAUUUACAUGCCAGAAUGCAGUUAUGGCUGAGCGCUUCAUUGAAGCAGGUAGCGCUUACGUGUUGAAGCUCGAAAAGGCUGAUGUGUAUCGGUUACCAUAUCUUUCAAGCAGUGGACCUGGAUUUGCGUUACUUGAAACUACAAGGAAAGCCGAUUUCAAUGGUAUAUUAAGCCAAAUAUCAUCUGGGUUUGCAUCUGGAAGAUGGGAUACGCCGACUCUGGUUGUAUGGGGGAUUUCAGACAAGUAUCUCCCUCCGUCUAUAGCAGAAGAGUUUCAGAAAGCAAACCCUACUGCGGUCCAGCUUAAGUUGAUAGAAGGUGCCGGGCAUAUGCCACAGGAGGAUUGGCCCGAGAGAGUUGUUACUGCUCUACGAGUAUUCUUUUAAAAGUUCAAUGCUUGAAUCCAUGUUUAAUCUGGAAAUCGGCAUCAUCUUCCAAGUCAAUCGUUUCAAGGUAAGAAAAUCUCUCCCCUAGAAAUAUCACUGACAUAUAAUUCGAUCAAUGAGCUCACUAGUCCUGCGGAUUGAAGUCAUGAUUUCGCCGUUGGAAUGCUUGAUUCAUUUUCAAUUUCCAAAAGCAGGGGAAGAAGUUGUGAACGAUAACAAUGGCUAUGUGUUCUAAGAGGAUUCGAUGAAGGUGCAAAAGAAUAUCCUGCCGAGUUGCCUUGGAAAUUCAUGUGUAAAUACUACUUUUUUCUGGUUGUGUAUAUGAUAUAUCCAUAUUGUAAACUUUUGACUCC